AUGGGUAAAAUGCUGGUUUGUUUCGUGUUAUCUCUCUCUCUCUUGAGCUUCAGUGAUAGCACAGGGCUCAACCUUCAAGGAGAUUACAUUAUCUCUGGCUGGUUCCCUUUCCAUAAUUCAGAUUCCACCAUGUCAUCUACACCAUAUCUGACUGACUGCAAACAGGGUGCGACCAACAAGCAUGGCUAUCAUUUGGUGCAAGCACUCAGAUAUGCUGUAGAAGAAAUUAAUAACAACACCCAGGAUCUCCUCCCGGGGGUCACGCUGGGCUACCAGACAUAUGACUUAUGCUCCCUCCCAGCCAGCAAUCUGGCCACCCUGCAACUGCUGGCCCAGCAGGACAGCACUUUGGGUGUAUACAGCCGCACUGUGGCCGUCAUCGGGCCUGAUAGUAGUUCUAACUCUUUCACACCAGCUUCUGCUCUUGGUGCAUUCCUGAUACCUCAGAUCUCCUACGAGGCCUCAAAUGAAUUGCUGAGCAAUAAGAUGCUCUAUCCGUCUUUCUUUCGCACCAUCCCCAGUGACAAGAACCAAGUCGAUGCAAUGAUACAGAUUCUCAACCGAUUUAACUGGACCUGGAUUGCCCUUCUUGGUAGUGACAAUUCAUAUGGUUUACAAGGAAUGCAAACCCUAUCCCAGCAGGCUUCACUUCACAACUUAUGUAUUGCAUACCAAGGUGUGAUACCUGGUGUAACAGACAAGACAACACCAUACAUCCGAGACAUGGUCAAAAACAUCAUCAAAACCAAAGUGAAUACUAUAGUUGUCUUCUCCAGCAAGAGGCGGGCUGCUGGCUUCUUUCCUUUUGUUAUUGAACAAAAUGUGACCGGUAAGGUGUGGAUUGGGACAGAGGAUUGGUCAGUGGCAUCAAUAGUGCGUAGUAUCCCAGGGAUCAGUUCAGUAGGGACUGUGCUUGGGGUUUCAGUCAAAUAUACUGAAUUUAGUGGGUUUGAGGAUUUUGAAAGGCUUUCUGUGCCCGGGCUUAAAGACGUUGCACCUUCAAACAGUCUGUUUAACUUCAAUGUCCCAUGUCUGCAAAAUACAGAUCUGUACGAAAUGGCAACUAAAGGUUUUUCACUGGAACAGUAUGACAUUGUAUCCUCAUUUAAUGUGUAUAAAGCUGUGUACGCAGUGGCCCAUGGACUGCACAAGACCCUGAACUGUGACACAGGAGAAUGUCUGAAAUCUAAGGUGGAGCCAUGGCAGCUCUUUCAGAAAUUGAGGCAAGUUCGAUUUUCAAUUCGAAACACAUCAUUUUAUUUCGAUAACAAUGGAGACCCUCCAACUGGUUAUGAUAUAGUGACAUGGGUAUGGAUGAAUGGCCAGUGGUCAUUUAAAGUGGUUGGAAGUUACAGUCCAGAUCCUACUGAUCUUCAGGUGGAUGCCUCUCAGAUUCAAUGGGCAGGGCAGAUGUCCCCUGUGAGCAAGAUUCCUGAGUCCCUGUGUUCUCCGGAGUGUCCCUACGGACACAGAAAGCUCCAGACGGGACAGCACAAGUGCUGCUUUGACUGCAUGGCAUGCCCUGCUUCCACCUUCCUUAACAAAACUGGCUACACUAGCUGUCAACAGUGUAUCUUAGACGAGUGGUCUGAACCAGAGAGUGAGGCAUGUCUAAAGAGAACAGAGCUCUAUCUGUCAUGGGACGCUCCGCUCUCUAAAGCCCUGCUCACAUAUCUGGCUGUGACCCUGUUUCUCACCCUGAGCACAGCUCUAAUCUUCCUGUUCAACCUCAGUACCCCUGUGGUGAAGUCAGCUGGAGGGAAGACCUGUCUGCUGAUGUUGGCGUCUCUUACCGUGGCCUCCUUCAGCACGCUGUGCCACUUCAGCAGACCCUCACGCAUAGGCUGCCUCCUCAAACAGCCCCUCUUUGUUGUCAGCUUCACUGUUUGCCUGGCAUGUGUGACUGUGCGCUCUUUUCAGGUGGUUUGUAUAUUUAAAUGGUCCUCCAAGCUGCCAAGAUUCUAUGACACCUGGGCUAAGAAUCGGGGCCCUGAGAUGUUCAUCCUCAUUACAUCAGUGGUGGAGUUUUUCAUCUCUGUUCUUCGCAUGGUCCUAGAUCCUCCAUUUCCUUCUCAGGACCAUGACUUCUACUUUCACAGCAUUGUUCUAGAGUGCAGUAAGACUGUGUCUUUCUCAGCCUUUGUUGAGCUCAUUUUGAUGUGUAUCUUAAGCUUAUUUAAUUUCUGCCUGAGCUACAUGGGAAAAGAUCUGCCGGCAAAUUACAGUGAGGCAAAAUGCAUUUCAUUCAGUCAAAUGAUCUAUAUGAUUUCUUGGAUCACAUUCUUUACAGCUUAUUGCGUUUCUAGAGGGAGUUUUACUAUGACCCUACAUGUGUGUGCCAUACUCUCCAGUGUGCUUGGGAUACUUGGUGGCUACUUUUUGCCAAAGGUGUAUAUCAUCUUGAUAAAGCCCCAAAUGAAUACAGCUGCUCACUUCCAAAACUGUAUUCAAAUGUACACAAUGACCAAACAGUGAAAUAGUCUACUUCAGAUUGAAAUAGGGCUUAUAUUUUCAGGGCUUAAUAAUAAGGAUGUAAGAGAGUUUAGGACCAAUAGACAAAACUGUCACUUACACUAUGGGGCCAGUCUUGCCCUGUCACUACAUCUUACAUGAGUUGAUUAAGUACAUGUUUUAUGACUUGCGAACUUAAAUGUUUGAUUUUCUAGUUUAAAUAUAGGGUAAUGUUAUUUAGCUGGAUUUCAAGAAUGACUUAUGAUAGUUUUGGAAACA